AUGAGCCGCCUCUUUGGCAAAGCAAAGGUUUCAUUCCACCACGCCCAGACGACGUUAUGCCUUCCACUCAAGUCCGGAGGCAGCGUCGCCCUCGCCGAUCUAAUUAAGCCGCUGACUCCGUCCUGUUGGCUAAAUCCAUUCAUCUUCAACGGUGAUGCCCAGACCGUGGCUACGCUCGUCAAGUCCAUGCCGGUCAAGAUCCACUACAAACGCCGCAUCUUCGAAGCCGAUGAUCCCGCAUACCUAGGCCACUUCGCAGUGGAUUUCGUCGCACCACCGAGCAAAGACCACGAUGAUAAGUUACCACCCCGGACGACCUACUACAGCGAGGACGAGUUCGCCAAUAUCGGUAGCGACGACACAAAACCCAUGCUCGUCGUCCUGCACGGUCUCAGCGGUGGCUCUCACGAGAUGUAUCUCCGUGCCUUCCUGGAACCUCUGGUAGCCAGCGAGCACAACCCUCAAGGCGGCGGGUGGGAAGCGUGCGUCGUCAUCUCACGCGGUUGCUCCAUGACGACCAUCAGCAGCACGAUUCUGUACAACGCCCGUGCGACGUGGGACGUCCGCCAGACCGUCAAGUGGCUGCGGAAGAAGUUCCCUAACCGACCCCUGUUCGGCGCGGGUUUCUCGUUAGGCGGGAAUAUCUUGACCAACUACCUCGGCGAGGAGGGUGAAAAGUGCGAGUUGCAAGCCGCUGUGGUUUUUAGUUCCGUGUGGAACAUGGAGGUCGCGGCCAAAGCCCUGCAGCGGACGUGGUGGCACAAGGAAGUUUACAAUCGCGCGCUGGGGACGAAUAUGAAGAAGCUUUUUGAGCGGCAUGUGGAUCAGAUCUCCAAGAUCCCAGGGAUUAAUGUCGACAAAGUACGCAAUAUCACGUACUUGUUCGAGUUUGACAGAUACGUCCAGGGACCGACCUGGGGAUACCCAUCUGAGGGCGCAUAUUAUCGGGACGCGAGCAGCAUUGAUGCAAUGCUCGGCAUCAGGAUACCGCUAUUGGCAAUCCAUGCUGAAGAUGACCCGGUCUGUUGCAGUGAGGUGCUGCCUGUCCAGGAGGUGCAGGUCACCCCGUACGUGGUUCUGUGUAGCACGACUCUCGGAGGUCAUCUUGGUUGGUUCGAAAACGGUGGCGGGCGGUGGUUCGUGAAGCCGUCGACUAGUUUCCUCGACAAAAUGUACAAGGAUGUCCAACUUGACAAGAUCUCGCGAGAUGAGCUCGGGCCCCUUGAGGGAUACGUGAAGCGCGAUAAGCGAGCACCGCUCCGGCCGGUAUUCGACCCCGUCAGGCGAAAGCUGCAUCUGCCCGUGGAUCAGUGA